CUCUGCACCCUGGUUACAAUCUCAGACUGAGGAGUACUGGGAAUAUGGAGAAACAAAUGGCCUGCCGGAGAACGGGGCUCGUCUGUUGAAAGAUGUAUCUGCUGCUCCUGGCUCACAUCUUGCAGUCGUCUCUGUUGGGAGUCCACUCGUGCCCGGCUUUUUGUGCGUGCACGUAUGGGAGCAGUGGAACAGCACAGCUCAGCAGGUUGGUGCAGUGCAGUGACCCUGGAAUCGUAUCUAUUCCCAUCAAUGUCCCAGCUGACACAGUCAAACUGCGUCUAGAGAAGACCUUGAUCUCCAGGGUGCCCCGGGCAGCCUUCUACAACCUGUCAGAGCUGCAAUUCUUGUGGCUGGUCUACAACUCCAUUACAUCCAUACACCCGAGCAGCUUUGUCAACCUCAAGGCCCUGCGAGAGCUGCGCCUAGAUGGGAACCUCCUGUCAUCCUUCCCCUGGGAGGGUCUCAGGGACAUGCCACAACUCCAAACUCUUGGUCUCCACAACAACCGUCUGUCCAGCCUGCCUGCCCACGCUGUGCUCUUCCUCCCCAACAUCACCUACCUCGACCUGUCCAGCAACAGGCUAACUAUUUUACCUGCAGAGCUGCUGGACCUCUGGUUUCCUCUGCCAGGACAACAGGAGGGUCAAGUAAAGAGGAGAAUAUUGGGUCUCCAUGACAACCCUUGGUUAUGUGACUGCCAGAUCUCCAUGGUGAUGUCCUUGUCCAUGUCUCUGGGGAGUCCUGUAGUUCUCAUGGACCAGUUUCUGAUGUGCAGCAGGUCUCUGGGUCAGUCAGCGAUGCUCCUGACCCAGGCAGAUCUGUCCCGCUGUAUGAGGCCCUCGGUCCAGCCUUCAGCCACCAAAGUCAUUUCUCCUUUGGGCAGUAAUGUAAUCCUCCGCUGUGACGCUAGUGGCUACCCAACCCCAACCCUAACCUGGAUCAAAACCUCAUCUUACGCUGAUUGUUGCCAGCAACAGAUCCCUGAGAACUCUGAACAGCUACCCAGGAACUUGGAGAGCUUUAUGCAGGAAUCUCCUCGAGUGGGGGUUCGCUGGUCGAUAAUCAGCCUCAACGGGUUGUCAUACAAGGAUGCUGGUGAAUACCGCUGCCAGGCACGGAACAUGGCGGGAAUAUCCGAAGCCCUGAUUAAACUAAAGGUAGUGGGCAACACAAGACUCCGUCUUCCGAGGAAGAAGUCCCAAAAGACUCCAUCCAAAUCAAAAAACCGGAAGCCAAACCAGAACCCAGGUACUGCCAACACCCCCUCAGUGAAGGGGAAUCAGAUACUCCAAAACAUCUCACCACCGUCCACCAACAACAUCCAGACUGUCCCUAACAUUGUGUCCAAAGUACUCCCUGUAGACAAGAACAUUAAAAGGCCUAAACUGAACAGUGCAAAGAAAAAGAGCCAGAAGUCCACCAAGUCUACAUCCGAGUCCUCAAACAACUCUACAACUGCUCUUUUGUCAGCAACACUUCUGUAAUAUGAUGAAGGUAGCCAGGGUCAGUGACUUGGUCGGCAUGGAGAUGCAAAUAAACGUCAUUGUUUAUAAACCUGUA